AUGUGGUUCACUCUAACUUCAAACUCUGUGAUUACUGACUUCUCCAGUGCGCUGUACGGUGGCGGCCCUGCCGAAAGUGUUGUCGACCACACCCACCAAGUGAUCCGUAUUCGCAAAGUUGCUGAGGGAACAACGGCUGCAAAUAGUCCUUUCGCUUCCAGCAACCUGUCGUCGUCUGCUAGCCCACCACAAUCACCUGGCAAGACUACUAACCACAUCGUCGCCGGCUUGAGUGGUCAUGCUCGAGGCCCUGGAAAGCAGCUCAAACCAGCCAAAGCACUUCGCUUGCCUGGCAAGAAGUCCAAGGUCCCACGUCCUCCCAAUGCAUUCAUCCUCUAUCGCCAGAAGCAUCACCCUCUUGUGAUGGCAGCUCAUCCAGGCAUGAAGAACAAUGACAUCUCCAUCCUACUUGGCCAACAAUGGAAGGCAGAAGCUGAAGAUGUCAAGGCUGAAUACAAGGCACUGGCAGAUAAGAUGAAGCUCAAGCAUGCUGCUGAGAAUCCUGGAUACCAAUACGCCCCGCGCAAGGCUUCUGAGAAGAAGCGUCGCAUGACUGUCCGCAAGCUUGCCAAACUUCGCUUGAGUGAUGGCGGAUCAGAAACACAAUCCAAUCCCGACGUUGACACGGAUGAUGCCAAGGGUGUGGAGAAACUUGCACUUCCAGAGCACGUUGCUGCUGAUGGAACUACGCUUCGCAUGCCAGUCUCUGUCACCGAGAUGCUCAACGCAGAGAGACCGAGCUAUCCUGGCUACAUCGAGUACAACGCUGUUGAGAAGAUGAGUCUCACCCUUCCAGCUGGUCAUAGCCAAGUUGAGCGCGACUACAUGUUGAACAUGGGCUCUGGAGCUGAAGGCCUAUCUGUGUUCGACGACAAUGCCAGAUCCGGUGUCUAUACGGACAUGGAUGACUUCAUCGCCACUGAGACCACUCUCAUGCAUGAUGCAACUGACUGGGAAGCCAUCACGCACGACAUCGAGUACAUCCGUGCGAUGAAGCAGUUUCUUGAGGUCUCCACCACCAACAACCCGAAGCAUCCCAAGGCCACGGAGCCCAGUGGAUCCAUCCUCAACUUCGACGAUGAGAUGGAACGCCAGCUCUUCCAAGAACGUCUCGACGCAGCUCUCUGGAUGCUCGAAUGA